AUGGGCAAAGAUCAAACAAAAAUUGUAUUUGAUGCCGAUUCCAGAAGAAACUUUUUGCUAGCAAAUAGGCAUGCUCGUGAAAUCAGAAAGAAUAAAGCUAUCAAACGUAAUCAAGAAAGACUCAAAGAAGAAAGAAAAGAAAGACAACGCCAAAGAAGAGAGCAAGAUGAGGAAUUUGCUCGUGAAUUAUCAGAAAAACAGCGCAAAUUAGGCAUAAAACCAAUGGAUAUUAUAUCCCAAAGGUACCAAUACUCAAUUCCAACUGUAGAAGUUGAAGCUACAAAGCCAGAAGAGCCAGAAAAAGAAGAACCUCAUGUUGAAGAGGAGAAAAAGGAAGAAAAAUAG